UAUCUUGAGUCAAACCAUGAAACAUGAGUGAAGGAAAGGAUAGGGUUGGAGAAAUAUUUGAGGAUGUAGAAGUACACACAGUUAUUGGUAGAUCAGGAGGCAUGUCGGAGAUUGGAGGGAUCCCGGAGAAUGUAAAUGCUGAAGGGCUCCCGGAGGAUAAAAGUGUUGGAGGACUCCCGGAAGAUGAAAGUGCUGGAGGGCUCCCUGAGGUUGAAAGUGCUGUAGGGCUCCCUGAGGUUGAAAGUGCUGGAGGGCUCCCUGAGGUUGAAAGUGCUGUAGGACUCCCGGAGGAAGUUAAGAAGACCGGGUAUCUUCUGGCUGAGUUUAAGGAGCGGAUCUGUGACUGUAUAGGAUUAGUUUGCAAGAUGGAGAACCGGGAUAGGAUAGCGGCAGUACAAUUCUGGAACGAAGUUUCUGAACGUCUUCAGACCGUCCUGGAUAAAUCCGUUGGUCUUACUCUUGAAAUUCAAAACAAACUGGAGGACGGGUUCAUCAGUCCUCUAUCCAGGGAGGUGGUGAAGGGACUCCGGAAGGAAGUGAAUGACCUCGUGCUCGAUCAUGUUGAUGAUGGGGGCUGUGAGGACGAGGUUGAGGGGGAAGAAGAUCAUAUUGGUGGUGAUAAGAAGUUGGUGAAUUACAUUAUACUUGAAGAUCCACAGGGGUCGAAAGAGUUUUCUGUGAAAAAUGAACCGGACCAGAAGUAUUUUUUUCUAGAACCAGACAAUAGACUUGAAGAAGAACUAGAGUUAGAUGAGGUUCAGGAUGAUGAAGAAAAAGACGGAGUUAGGGAAAUUGCAUACGAGGACGAGGGAGAGGAGGAUGAAGAAGAGGUGGAAGGGGAGGGGGAGGAGGAGGACGGAGUUCCGAAAGAGAAGUUUCUAGUUCUCCAUGAAACCCAGUUGAGUGUUAGAGAUGGUGAGAAGGGUUUACUGCUCCAGGAUCCUAUGUUAAGACUGGAGUCCGAUGAUACGAAUCCAGAUGACGAUCUCGAAGAGCUGGAGACAGAAACAAAAGAUAGAGAUUUCCAGUCUGUGAAGAUACGUAAGACGAUGGUUCCUGGUGUUCUUAAUAGUAUUAUAUCUCAGGCUGCUAAGGAGCAGGCACGCAAAUCUUUAAAAAGAAAGAUGAUAAGGAAUGAGACUGGAGAGGUAGAAACUAUUUAUGAAUGUGAGAUUUGUCUAAAAACUUUCACCUCAUUCUUUGCAUUCACUGCUCACAACUGGCAGCACACCAAACCCUUCAAGUGUCUCACAUGCAACCAGUGCUUCUCUACUAAGGGAUCCCUAAGUAUCCACAACCGACGCCAUACUGGAGAGAAACCAUUUCAGUGCAAACUCUGUGAUGCUAGUUUUACUACUCAAGGCAAUCUUAAGCGUCAUAGUUUGGGACAUACAGGCUCUAAACCUUAUGCCUGCGAUAUCUGCAGCUCAAGGUUUACGGAAAAGAAAUCCCUGAAGGUUCACAUGAGAAUUCACACAGGAGAGCGUCCCUUCCACUGUGAGUUGUGUGAUCAAAAGUUUGCCCAGCGAAGCACAUUAAAAAGUCACAUGACAGUUCAUAACAAGAAGAAACCUCAUCUAUGUGAUCUAUGCGGAAGAUCCUUUUCCCAGAAGUCGAAUUUAAAAGCUCACAAAACAAGACAUUUUAGUCAAAGAAACUUCCAUUGUGAUUAUUGUGACUGUAAAUUUCACAACAAGGGUGAUUUGAUGAGACACAUGAAGGGACAUGUUGGACUCAAGGAUUUAUCCUGCACGGUCUGCUUUAAAGUGUUUACAAGGAAAAAUACUUUGACAGAGCACAUGAAUAAACAUUAUGAUAUAAAACCCUGGGAGUGUAUACGGUGUAGUAUAAAGUUUCACACUAGAAACCAGGGUAAACAACAUCUCAAGGAGAAAGAAGGGGACGGAUUCCACAAUCAUGAAGCAUUGGAAGAAGAUUUGCUCAGGAAACUUCAAAUCUCAUUCUCAGAGAAGCAGGUUGUUAACAUGGAAGUAUUGGACCCUGAGGAUGAUGUAAUUGGAGAUAUGAUGGUUGAUGAGCAGGAGGGAGUAGAAGACGGGGUUGAGGAGGGAGUUGAAGAGGAGGUUGAGGAGAGAGUGCAGGAGGCAGAUCAGCUUCAAAAUCCACCAAGCUAAAUUACAACAUGAGAGUCUCUGCUGGACGAAAGAUGACCGUAAUGUUGCAAAGCAGAACCUAAAUAUAUCGAAGAGCAUACAGAAAACAUCUUUGAUCGUUCAUUAAUCACUGUACACUGUGCACUGUACACUGUACACUGUACACUGUACUACAGGGACGGAAAUCAAACAAAUAUAUCUUCAUCUUUUAUAAACUGUGAUAUUUAAGUAAUUUCA